CAGAAGAGAUACCAGUGAAGAAGGAAUUUGCCAUUCUCUUUGUCUUGUGAGAUCUUGGCUCACAGAGAACGAAAUGACCUACAAAUUGGGCAGUUAGUAGAAAGAAUCAUAAGGGCCACUAACGAAUCUGUUGGUACGUCCCUCAACAGUUUAAACUGACAGAGAAACAUCAGGAUUUGGAUACGUGUGAGCACAUACAACCAACCCUACCCACCUCAUCCAGCCCCCACAGAAAACGGUACAACCCCUGAAGAAUUUGAAGAAAUUACGCUAUCAGGAAAACAGAAUUCAUUAAAAACAACGCAGUACAGUUCACUUUGAUGGUAAUUGUCUACAUAAUAUAUCACUUGACAUUGAAAGGGAAGAGGUGUUUAUGGUGAGUUAAUACACAUGAGUCAAGACUGCCCCAUCCAAACAAGAGUUUUUGCUGCUCUGUUGCAUUGUCUUUCAAGAGGACAUCAGUCAUUGUCAGUGAGCAAACAAGGACCUGAAAGAGAGGAGACAGAUCCGCCUUGCCUCCUGCCCUCCCCUCCCUUCCUCACACACAGCUCCACCAUCUUUACUAUACAAUGGCCCAGGGUGAGGCCCUGGGGUGUGAGCAUACCGCCCUCCUGCUGCUCUGGCUGGGAGCAUGUCUGUGUCUUUGUGGAUGGCCCCAGAUUGGAAACUGUCAGCACCACAGUCCCCCAGAAGUGGUGAUACCCGUGAGGGUAAGUGGCAGAGGUAGAGUCAUGAAGAGUCCAGGCUGGGUCUCCUACAGCCUGCACUUUGGGGGCCAGAGGCACGUUAUCCACAUGAAACUCAAGAAAUUCUUGGUGUCCAGCUCCCUCUCCCUGUUCACGUACACAGACCAGGGUGCUCUGGUUGAGGACCACCCUUUUGUCCGGGAUGACUGCUACUAUUACGGUUAUGUGGAGGGAGACCCAGAGUCGCAGGUUGCUAUCAACAACUGUUUGGGAGGGUUCCAAGGAACCUUUCAGACAGAUGACACUAAUUAUGAAAUCAAGCCCAAAAGCUUUUCCACCACCUUUGAACAUCUAGUAUAUAAGGUGGUCGAUGAGGAAUCAGAACUCCCUUCCAUGCAGUGUGGAUUAACAGAUGAAGAAAUUGAACGCCAAUUAAAGUAUCUGGAGACUGAUAAUUCGACUCUGAUGCAGAGUGACUAUAAGGGCUGGUGGCUCCACCAAAGGAGUGUUGUAAAGGUAAUAGUUCUCGACCAUGAGGCGUACCUUUACAGCGAAAGAAAUGUCACAGUUUUACAAAACCAAAUGUUGAUUAUUUCACAUAUGGCAAACACUUAUUUGAUUCCAGUAGGAAUUGACAUGAUUUUAGCUGCAGUUGAGAUAUGGACUACCGCAGAUCCCUUUGAAUUAACCAGCAGUAUGACAGCUUCUGUGAAGAAAUUUGCCGCAUGGAAAAAGAUAGGCCUCUAUCCCCGUAUACCCCAUGAUGUUGCAUAUUUGAUAGCAAAGAGACCCUUCGUAAGUGUCUUUGGCCUCUCGUUCUUAUCUACGCUGUGUCAUGCAACUUACAGUUGUGGAAUUAUCCGCUUCAGUGCUGAGGACAAGGCUAAAGUUGCAACGUAUGUGGUCCAUGAACUUGGCCAUCUUAUAGGUCUAAAACAUGAUGACAGUUACUGUGUCUGUGGGGAUCGAGGUUGCCUAAUGGGUAGAAGAGGUCCAGUCACAGCUAAAUUCAGCAACUGCAGUUAUGGUUACUACAUUCAAAUGAUUCCAAAAUGGAGAUGUGUCUACAGACUUGAAUAUACAGGGCCCAUCUUUUCAAUCUCGCGCUGUGGGAAUGCUGUGAUCGAGCAGGAAGAGGAGUGUGACUGUGGCUCCUUACUGAAGUGUAGAGAAGACCCAUGUUGUAUGGAAAACUGCACCCUAGUACCUGGGGCUGCAUGUGCUUUUGGGCUCUGUUGCCAGGACUGCCAGUUUGCGCCAGCCGGUGAAGUGUGUAGAGAAAGUAGCAGUGAAUGUGAUCUUCCCGAGUGGUGCAACGGGACUUCCCACCAGUGCCCAGAGGAUGUGUAUGUGCAGGCUGGGGUCCUUUGCACGGGUGGAGGCUCCUGCUAUGAAAAGAGAUGUAAUGAUCGUGAAGAACAAUGCAGGCAAAUUUUUGGUAAAGUAGCCAAGAGUGCAAAUCAGGCUUGCUACAGUGCUAUGAACAUGCUAGGUAACCGUUUUGGAAACUGUGGCCUGAAGGAUAGUAAAUAUAUAACAUGUACACUCCGAAAUGCCUUGUGUGGUAGACUUCAGUGUGAGAACGCGAUGGAAAUUCCUUUAUUGAAAGAUCAUAGUACUGUGCACUGGACUCGCUUCAAUGGUGUUGAAUGUUGGGGUACUGACUACCACUACGGUAUGACCAUACCUGAUGUUGGCGAAAUCAGAGACGGCACAGCGUGUGGCCCAGGGCGUAUAUGCAUGCAGAAGCAAUGUGUCCGCAAGACAACUUUGAAUCUCAGUGAUUGUGUUCCUGAGGUCUGCAAUAUGAGGGGUGUCUGCAACAAUAAACAGCACUGCCAUUGUAGCCAUAUGUGGAACCCGCCCUUCUGCCAGAUGGAAGGCCAUGGAGGCAGUGUUGACAGUGGCCCACCCCCUCCGAGAAAACAGCAAAGUAAACAGAGGGCGAAGUCUUCCCUGCUACCAUUUUUGUGGAUUCCUCUUUUGGUUUUACUAUGCUGUUGUUUAAUCUGUCUUCUACUCAUGUGGAAAAAGCAGAAAGAAGAAGAGAAACCCAAGGAAGAACAGAAAACUGAUCAAGUACCACCUGAAACAAAAAAAGAACCAGCUCCAAUGUGACCUGAGCAAGGAGCAGAAAGCAUUCCCAUUCCCCCUGCUCAAAUUACACCAGAGUAAGGGAAAGAAGGUGCUCCCUCUUCAAAUGAGCAAGGAAAUCCGAAUGUUCCCAUUUCAUCGUAGAAAUAGGCA